CACGAAGCUACGGCAGCAGCAACAGCAGUAGCAGCUAGAGCAGCUGUCAUGUGAAUCAGCUGGACGAACAAGGAAGGGGAUAAACAACAAGACCGACCCGCAUUUCUUUAUCAAGGUUUGACUUGGUGAGGUGACAGGAUGGCGGGAGCAGAGGUGUUCACCCCUGCAAACCCCACCUGCAAGAUCAUGACCUUCAGGCCAACCAUGGAAGAGUUCAAGGAUUUCAACCAGUACCUGGUUUACAUGGAGUCUCAGGGAGCACAUCGUGCAGGCCUGGCCAAGGUGAUCCCUCCUAAAGGCUGGAAGCCCCGUCGUACCUAUGACGACAUAGACGAUCUGAUGAUCGAUGCUCCCAUACAGCAGAUGGUUGCCGGCCAAUCAGGGCUCUUCACUCAAUACAACAUUCAGAAGAAGCCCCUUAGUGUGCAGGAGUUCAGACGAUUGGCUAACAGUGACAUGUACUGUACACCCCGCUACCUGAACUAUGAAGAUCUUGAGAGAAAAUACUGGAAGAACCUCACCUUUGUCUCGCCAAUAUAUGGUGCUGAUGUCAGUGGCAGCUUGUAUGAUGAGGAUGUGGAGGAGUGGAACAUCGGCCACUUGAACUCUAUUUUGGAUGUAAUCGAGGAAGACAGCGGUGUUUCCAUCCAGGGCGUUAACACUCCAUAUCUAUACUUUGGUAUGUGGAAGACAUCUUUCUCCUGGCACACUGAAGAUAUGGACCUGUACAGCAUCAACUACCUGCACUUUGGAGAGCCCAAGUCCUGGUACGCCAUCCCCCCUGAGCAUGGGAAGAGACUGGAGCGUCUGGCUACAGGCUUCUUUCCCAACAGCUUCAAGGGCUGUGAAGCUUUUCUUCGUCACAAGAUGACUCUAAUCUCCCCCUCCAUACUGAAGAAGUAUGGCAUUCCCUUUGAUAAGAUUACUCAGGAAGCUGGAGAGUUCAUGAUAACCUUCCCCUAUGGCUACCAUGCUGGUUUUAAUCAUGGCUUUAACUGUGCUGAAUCCACCAACUUUGCCACUGUGCGCUGGAUAGACUAUGGCAAAGUGGCCACACAGUGCACGUGUAGCAGGGACAUGGUAAAGAUAUCCAUGGAACCCUUUGUGAAACUUUUUCAACCUGACCGCUACCCUAACUGGAUGCUGGGAAAAGAUUCUACACCUAUUGACCACACGCAUGCCACUCCUAGCACAACACCGGAGCUGCAGAGCUGGUUACAGAGGAGGCGUAAGACCAAGCCUACUAAUAAAGGCAGCAGCCACUCUCGUAUGCGCUCCAAGCGUCUGAGAACCACAGAAGAGCCUGUUGGUCUUGAUGGCAGCUCAACAUUGAACAGCAGCAAGAGGAAAGGCCUGGGUGGUCCACUUGGGCCCAAGGUUCGAAGGUCUGUGUCAGGAACAACCUGCAAAGAAGACGAGAAAGAGAAGAAGAAAGAAGCUGCAACAAAGCACAACCAGAAUCACAACGCUUUUCAGCUACCUGGUCCUUGCAGACAGAUGUGUGUGGUCAAGGUGAAUCGUGUAGAAAGCAAUAGUUUGGGCUUUUCCACCAAGGGCCUUUCCCAUAACUCUCCCAGCAGCACCUUUCCCUCUUCUGCCUCACCACUUAACAGUGACCUUAAGGCAAAGACAGACACUUGCAUUGACCCUAAACACCUCUCAGAGUCAGGGGUCACCAGCAGGACUCCUGAAGGACUUAGACAAUGGCCUGAGGCUACCCAGAUGCGUCCUAGUAUUAAUGAGUCAAGGUGUCCCUCUCCUGAACCACAAGACCUCUCAACCCUUCAGGACAGCUCUAUCAGGGCGCCUCCCCUUGAGGCAAACGUACUCAGCUCACCUUCCCACACAACAAGCACUGCAGCUGAGAUGAGCUUGUGUCCUCCUGACUGUGAGGCUAAGAUGCAUGGUUCCGCAUGUAGAGAAGACACUUUAAGCCUAGAGCCAAACACAGAGAGCAGCAUGGAUGCUGGUUCUGAGAACACUAACGACGCUGCUAAAGCAGAGAAAAUGGAGAAAGCUGCUGAUCCAAAAAAUUUCAAUCCACACUUCAAUGCAGAAGCACUUUAUGAUGUAAAAACUGAGCCAAUAGAUGGAGGCAGUCACUUUUCAUGUGUUUCUUUGUCCCCUUCAGGACACAAUUGCAGUUCAGAAAAUAGCAGCCCUGAGGACAAUCUUUUCCCUCCUCUGCUACAGAGGAAUGCAGUGGAUAUGCCACGACUCACUCCAGAGCCAGUUGAUAAGGUUGGAAUCUGCCCUUUGCCACCUGUACUGACACAGGAGAUGCCCUCUCUCACCCCAGCUCAUGAUGGGCUAACUGAUGUCCCAAAAUCUAGAAUGUGCAGCAACCAGGUUGCACCUGUGCUUCAACGGGAGACGCCAACUGGCUGCCUGCCCUCACAUGGAGCCAAACAGGAUAAGAGAGAAACAGACUUAAUGAUUGCAAAAGAGCGUCUUGCUGUAAAACUAUCCAACAACUGGCAUUCAGAUUCUCCUUAUAAUUGUGAAGGGGCAGCAGUGUCUGUUUCAGAAGGAAAGACAGCUCAUUUAACCAUCAAUGCAAUGUGCAAAAUAACAUCUGGUGAUGUCCAUGAAAUGCCAAUUGCUGCAGAAAAGGAUCAUACCAAGCUGGAAAAUAUAACUACUGGACAGACUGAGGCUCCCCAUCGCCAGCUAGUUCAAAGCAAUUCAUCUCACACAGAGCAGCAAUACAGCUUAACAGAGUUAGCAAAUAAAUACAACUCGAAGGACCUAGUACAAAGAGACAGUGUAUCGAGUCUGUGCAGUGCUGGUUCCCUUUUAACUGGUUCCUCUAACAAUAAUCCCGCAGCCCCUUCCCCUCCAGUAUGCACUCUGAAUGAUAGUCACUCAGCAUCACAGCUCCACCACAACACGGCAUAUUCCUCCUCUCUUUGUGCUUCCCAGAACUCAUACUUAGAAUCCAAACCUUUCUCCAGCAGCAUAUGGAAAAACUUCAAUUCCCAGAGUCCUGCAGUGCUCAUCCAGAGUCUAAACCCAGAACUCCCUCCUGACUUCACCCACGACACCCUACCUUACACCAUGUGGACUGAGCCUCAGUGCAAAGAGGUCACUGACCUGGAUGACCCACAACAAGACCUCCGGGAGUCAGAUAACCUAGAAGACGAGACGGGGCCACUUACCUGGGCCCAGCUGGAGCCAACCUCCCUGGUUUCUGUUGGUGCUGUUGAGCCCAUGGGAAUUUGUGGAGAUUAUGAACUCCACAGAGGGGAGGCAGAGGGGUCUGAGGCACUUUCCUUGUGCAGGGAGCUGGAGAGACAAAGAGAUACAGAGGAAAGUCUACACUCAGGUGCUUCUGUUUCACCUCUUGAGAUGGGUGAAGGAGAACAGGAUGGAGUUUCUGAUAUGGAAGAAGGGGGGUCUGAUGGUGAGGAGGUGGAGCAGCAAAGUAAUACCAAGGAAGAUACUAGUAGUGACUCCUCUGAUGAAGAAGAAGAAAAUAAUACUAGUAACUACGAGUGUGACGAAUUAGGCCUGGAACCUGGAGAGGUCUGUGCUUACCCAGCGCUGUCAGUGAAGAGGACCUCUAAGAGCUGGCGUCACCCACUCAGAAAACCAACUGCACGGGCAGUACCUACCGCUGUCAAACAACAAGCUGCCAGUGAUGAUGAGCCCACUGAAGCAGCCUUGGCUGAGGAGGAGGAGCAGGAGAUGGAAGCAUGGGCAAAACCACUUGUUUACCUAUGGCAGAACAAAAAGAGCUGCUUCACAGCGGAGAGGGAGUACAAUGCUCAUGCAGCCACAAUGCAGCCAUUCUGUGCUGUGUGCACACUCUUCAUGCCCUAUUAUCAGGGUGAAGACAAAGCUGAGGAAAAUACACCUAUCGCAGCAGAGGAUUGCACCAAAUCUCCCUUUCCAAUGGAAGGCCCCACACGUCUCUGCAGAGGUCUAAGGAGGACGAAGCCCCUGGUCCCAGAGAUCUGCUUUUCUUUCCGGGAGCAGAACUGCCCCCCAACUCCCACUAACCCUCUGCUGCAGGAAGAUGGCACCUCCCCUCUCCUCUGCUGCCAAGGCUGUUGCCUGCAAGUCCAUGCAAGUUGCUACGGUGUUGCUGCAGAUGACGUCAGCGAACAGUGGUCAUGUGACCGCUGUACAGAAGGAAGCUUUACAGCGGAAUGCUGUCUCUGUAACCUCAGAGGUGGAGCUCUGAAAAAAACCCAGAACGACAAAUGGGCCCACAUUAUGUGUGCAGUAGCACUACCAGAGGCGAGGUUUAGCAACGAAGCCAAGAGAGGUCCCAUUGACACCAGUAGGAUCCCGAUGCAGCGGUAUAAACUGAGGUGCAUCUAUUGUCGAAAGCGCUGUGCGGGGAAGCGGCAGGCUGGUGCUUGUAUCCAGUGUUCGUGCGGCCGAUGUCCCACCUCCUUUCAUGUGACUUGUGCUCAUGCUGCAGGUGUAACCAUGGAGCCAGAUGAUUGGCCUUAUGUGGUGUCAAUCACCUGCCACAGACAUCAGUCACGGAGUUCAUCAGCUAAGCAGCGAGCAUGCCAAGCCUCCAUUUCACUUGGUCAGACAGUGAUCUCCAAACACAAGAACCUUCGCUACUACAGCUCAAAGGUCACCCAGAUCAGCUCCCAGAUGUUCUAUGAGGUCAUGUUCGAUGAUGGCUCCUUCUCCAAUGAUACCUACCCUGAGGACAUAGUGAGCAGAGAUUGUGUGAACUUGGGCCCUCCUGAAGUUGGGGAAGCUGUUCAAGUAAAAUGGCCUGAUGGGUUGUUCUAUGGUGCCAAGUACCUGGGAUCCAACGUCUCCUACAUGUAUCAGGUGGAGUUUGAGGAUGGCUCCCAGGUUCUGGCAAAAAGAGAGGAUGUCUAUACGUUAGAUGAAGACCUGCCUAAAAAGGUGAAACGUAGACUUUCCACAGCGUCAAGUAUGCGUUUCCAGGAUGCAUUCUUCACCACACAGGGAGAGAGGAAACGGCAGAGAACACCCAACUCACGCUUCCAGAAAGACUAUGUGGCCCUGCCAGGCCUCCGUACAACUGCCAAAAGCACAUGGGAGCAGCGAAGCCACAAAGGGAAAUGAAGUCAUGGGAGGAGGAUUGAUGACAAAUGAAUGCACUGAAUGAACAGUCGAUGUAGAUGGGAGGUUGUGUGUGUGUGUGUGUGCGCGUGUGUGUGUGUGUUUGGCUGGAUCUACUUCCAUUUUAACUCUUGCCCUCACAACUUCUCCGUGAAUCAAUCAGAGAACACAACACAAGGGAAAUGGUUGAUUUGGGUCUGGUGGAUGUAAACUUUAGUACAUGAAACAUCAGUGAUUGAAGAAGGAUUCUGAUUGGAUGAAUGGACUCUUACAGAACGGGUAAACAUCAGGCAUCAUCGCCUCUCGUGCUUUCACAUCCGUCAGGGAAAAACAAACGUGACUUACGUUUGUCACGUUGCCCUUUUUGAACAAGAACUUUUGUCUUUGUACAUUGAAAAAAAAAAAAAAAUUCCCAAGUGAGAUUUUUCUAACUAGCUUACCUCUGGUAGCUCUUUGGGGGUCUGUUAUUUCCAGUUUUGAUUUUGGUUAUUUAUGCACUUUGCUUGUAGUGUUUCCUCAUGUCUUACUGCUUUUCCCUGCAUGUUAAACACUGUCCUCCUAACUGCUUCUACUAGGGGUGAGUCCAAUAGCACUCCAAUGGCUUCCUCUCUGCACUGCUCUUGAAUCAGUUAAGACAAAUCAUUUUUGUAUUUUGGAAUCUACACUGAAAACUGAAUCUCUGUUGAGAAAAACAAAAUGAAAAUGACCAAAUGUUAAGCACUUCCUGAUCAAAGAUUCAGACAGAAAGCCAUACCUGUGUGUUGGAUCUGUGCCCUGUAAUGUGAAACGCUACUGUUGCUCUGUUGAAUGAGACACUUUGUUGAAAUUAUUUAAAAUUUGUAUUUAUUUUUGGCUUGCUAUAGUUAAACUAUUGCUAACUGCUGUAAGAAAAAACAAUAAAAAAAAAUUACA